AAAUGCCCGCAAAUUGACUUAUUUUGUUAUAUCCUAGUAAACACACGUUUGAGUAAACUUACUACUGUCACGUGGUGGGACCAUUAAUCAUGCGACCAUGAACGACGAUCAGACAAAUCCGCAGCUUUGCUCAGUGUAUUCGGGAAAAUGGCAAAGAGAUGGUGGAAAACGCUAAUUAGCAUGAUCACGUUCUGUAUAACCAGAUCGCAUGGAUCUACAAAUAAGGUGGACAUAAUUACAUCCACCAUACAGUCUAUAACUGCUCCAGAAACUCGCAAUCCAGAUUGUGUUUUCUUUGACCUUGGUUCUAAAAAUCGCGAUGCUUUCGAUAAUAUUCUUCAAUCUCCGAAAUUGAACUUUAUUCCGAAAUAUGUCAUCAAUCGGGACAUAGACAUAAACUAUGGUUCAAUACCAAGAAAACCAAUAAUUUUGUUAAUUCGAGCAAGAAAUAUGACAUAUUCUGAUAACAGUAUUAUUCAAAUUCUUCAACACUUCAACCAAAACACUCAACUGAUAGUGCUUGUCAACAAGGAUUCGAAAAAUUUCAAAAUCGUGGAAACUUAUGUGAGAAUGCUGGCGUUUCACAAUGUGAUUUACUUAGAUUUGAGCAGCUCUAGUUUGGGUGUAACCGGUUUAAAUGCAAAGGGUAUGAUCGAAGACAGCAUGAGGCGUAACUUCACUGGAAGCCCUCUAACUUUCACCAAACGUCAAAUUGGACCCGAUCCAUUCGAUCCAACAUUCAAGUGGAUUCAGGAAACAGCAUUUUAUCUGAACACUACAGCGGUGCAGUCAAUGCAUUUUUGUGCCUUGAGCGAAUCUGAUCUUCAGGACGAUUGCUACUUCGAUCACUUCCAAACGAACAAAGUGGAUAUCGAUUGUACUACCUACUCUCUAUUGAGCACAAGUGAAUAUGAGUUUAGAUUUGAUUUACUGAUAUCAAAUGUACCCUCCGUCAAGGUGAUUGUGGUUCCCAGAUUACAACGAAAUGUGGUGGAAUUAUUUUUGUUGCCUUUUGACAGGGAAGUAUGGUUCGUUCUGCUGAUAUUCCUCACAGCAAUUGAAGUUAUUUCAUUUUUAAAGCCAACAUUUUUCUUAAACGAUCCAAUACUGCUGUCGGUUUGUGGAUUUGAAAGAUGUAGUCUUUACCGUGCGUCACGCUGGGAAAAGAUGGUGUUAAUGUCAUUGGUAUUGUGGAUGUUCUUCAUGACCUGCGCUUACGAGACCAAGUUCCUUUCCAUGCUUGUAUACAAACCGGUGGAACCAAAGAUUAAUACAAUCCAGGAUCUGCUUAAGUCGAGCAUCAACCUUAAGGCAAAUCUGCUUAUGAGUCCAGAUAUCGAAAUGGAAACACAAUUGGAAGGAGUAGUGAUCAAUAGCAAUGACAGUGAAUUUGAAAUGGACAACACACAUGCCUACAUCUUCGAAAAAAUGUAUAUCGAACCAUCCCUACCAUACUACUAUGACACAAAAACUAAAACUGCAAGAUAUUAUAAAAUGGACGAAACGCUUGGAUCAUUUGUUAAAGGAUACGUCUUGUCCGACAGAAAUCCACUGUUGGACCUUUUCGGUUAUACUCACGUUGUUUUCGUUGAAAGUGGCAUCUGGAACGUGUGGAACUCCAAAUACAUCACAUCACAAGGCCAAUUCUGUCACUCAACCACAGAUGAAAUAUUAUCAUUUUGGGAUCUCGUUCCAGCAUGGGCUGCAUUUGCGUUUGGAUGUGUGAUGAGUGGGUUAGUGUUUGUUUAUGAAAUUGUAACACUCAAAUGUUUCCACAAUCGAUUUCGCUAUGUCAUCACGAGUGUUUUGCAGUAAAUCAACACGAGUUGCGUGGCUUCUAAUUACAUUUUAAAUCCAAUA